ACAGCGAUAAAAACGCAAUAUAAUCAAGCAAUAUUUGGGCAAAAACUUCCUCAUUUAAAAAAAUGAUUAACCCACCUAUAAUCUUUCCAUCUAAAUUUAGUAUGUCGAUAUAAUUCUGAUUACUGAUUUUGAAUUUCAACAUUGUUUGAAAUUUGACAGCUUAUAAAAGAAAAUGUAUAGGCAAAAGCAGCAGCUACACAUAACCACGGCUCAAAAGCAGUUGGUGAAAGCCAAAGAGAAAAGUGCAAGAUAUGUGCCGGGCUCGAUAAAUCUGCAAAUUGUUGGCAAUGGAGCAAAAGGUGCACCCGCUUCGGUUUACUUAUUCACCGAUCAAUCAAGAUACCUGUUCAAUUGUGGUGAAGGAACGCAACGUCUUGCACAUGAACACAAAUCGAAAUUAACGCGAUUGGAACACAUUUUCCUUACACGAAGGAGCUGGCAUUCAUUUGGUGGUAUACCCGGUUUGAGUUUAACCAUUCAAGAUGCCGGUGUGCCACAUAUCACGCUUCAUGGCCCAAGCAAAUUGAGCGACGUUUUCCAUGGAAUGAGGAAAUUUGUGAUUUUGAAACAUUUGAAAGUGGACGCUCCGGAGUGCAAUCAAAAUGGAUUCUAUGAUGAUUUCGUUUUGAAAAUUCAUUACUUGCCGUUGAGGAAUGAUAACAGUAGCGACGAUUAUCCUGUGAUGGCGUUCAUUUGUGAAUGUAAACCAAGACCUGGGGCCUUAAGUUUAGAAAAAUGCUUGAAGCUAGGUGUUCCAAAGGGACCAUUGCUCGGAAAAUUAAAGAAUGGAGAGGCUCUAACGUUGGAGAACGGUGUCACUGUUCAACCAGACGAUGUUCGAGAGCCAGAUGAUCCGGGGCCAAUUUUUCUAGUCAUUGAUAUUCCAUCGAUCGGUUUCUUAAUAAGUCUACGUAAUAAUGAACAAUUCAAAGAAUACUUGAAUAAAAGCCACAUUGAGUCUGAUCGAGGUGAUUUAAUUCUACAUUUUUCACCGGAAUCAAUCGUUGACACCGAAGAGUACAAGGAGUUUGUUGAAUCAUUUCCAAGCAGCACAAAACAUUUAGUUCUAAAUGAAUCAAAUCAAUUCUCUGGUUAUGUAGCGGUUCAUCGGAUGCAAUGGCAGCUGAAUCAAUUGAAUCAGCAGAUAUUCCCAAUUUUAAAGGAGCCACUUCCACCAGAGACAGACGACUUUGAAAGUUCCCCCAAAAAAAUAAAAUUAAAUGAAUCACCGCCACCACAAAUGGAUGAAGAAUCGGAGCCGAAAAAGUUGCAAUUUGCCAUGCCAAUGACAUGUGUUCAUUUGCGACCGCGAAAGUGUAUCGACCGUAGUCUUGAAGUCCGACCGAAUCCAUCUGAGUUUGUAAAAGAGAUAACAGAUAUCGAAGGCGUGACUGAAGCAUUAGACGCGUUGAAAAAGGAUCGCUUGCAUGCAACUCCCGUUGAUAGAAGUAGUCAAUAUCCGAAGGUAGUGUUUCUCGGCACUGGCUCAUGUAUUCCAAACAAAACGCGGAACGUGAGCUCAAUUCUAGUUCAUACAACAAACGAGAGUUGUGUACUGUUGGAUGUAGGUGAAGGGACACUGGGUCAAAUAAUUCGUUUCUAUGGUGACAAAGCGGACGAUGUAAUUCGAAAGCUGAAAGCAGUUUAUAUUUCACAUCUGCACGCUGACCAUCACAUCGGUCUCUUUGGCAUAAUACAAAAACGGCAGCAGUUGUUGUGCGAUAAACGUGCAUCAAUUUUAUUGUUGGCUCCAAUUGAAAUGCAACCAUGGCUCACAUUCUAUGACAGUGAAAUAGAGCCAAUUAGUACGGAGUUUGAAUUGAUCGAUAACCGUUCAUUGAUUGAAGAUGGCUUAUCGGCGGAGAAAGCGGCUCUCUUGGGACUUUGCUCGCUUCGAACAUGCGGCGUUGUACAUUGCCCAAGUGCAUUCGGUGUAACAAUGACAAUAAAUCACGAUCAACCGUUCAAAUUGACAUAUAGUGGCGAUACAAAACCGUGCGAUGCGCUAAUCGAACUCGGUUUAGAUUCCACAUUACUAAUUCAUGAGGCCACAAUGGAAGACGAGCUAUUCGAGGAUGCAUUGGUAAAAAUGCAUAGCACCGUAUCGCAGGCGAUUGAACAGGGACACAAAAUGAAUGCAAAAUAUACAUUAUUAACGCAUUUCAGUCAACGUUAUGCGAAAAUUCCACGCAUCGAACAGCAUUUGGUUGACAAUGUUGGCAUUGCAUUCGAUAACAUGGAAGUCGUGUUAAGCGAUUUAAAUGACCUCAAUAUCUUAUAUCCAGCUAUGAAAAAAAUCUUCCCCGAACACUGGGACGAUAUGGAACAGAAAUCCAUAAAACGGGCCAAUAAAAAGGCAGCCGAACAUCAAGAGAAUGAAUCAAAUUUGUUAAUUGAAAACAAAGAAAAGAAAAGUAACUAAGUUAAGUUGAAUAAAAUGAAAAUUCAAAUGAAAAA